CACACACACACACACGAGUCGGUACUGAAUGCACUUCUCUCCAACAGUAAGGCCGAUUUUUCGGAUCUCCCUCGCGGUCUCGCGCUCGGUGUUGUUAAAGGUGUUUGGUGUGUAUUGAAGGUCCGGUUCGGACUGGAAGUGAAGUUCUGAUGGAGUUCUGGUUCGGGGUUUUAGCGCUGGCCUUGGCUGUGUUUCACACUCGCGCGCAGUUAAACUCGGAGCACGAGAUCAGCGGUUCUUCUCUCGCCUUCGUCUUUGACGUCACGGGCUCCAUGUAUGACGACCUGCAGCAGGUGAUGGACGGAGCCUCGCGCAUCCUGCAGCGCGCGCUGAGCCUCACCGACACGCCCAUUCGCAACUUUGUGCUCGUGCCGUUUCACGACCCAGAUAUCGGCCCUGUUUCCAUCACCAGCGAUGCCACACAGUUUCAACAUGACCUGCAGGAGCUUUUUGUCCAGGGGGGAGGUGACUGUCCAGAGAUGAGUGUUGGAGCGAUCCACUCCGCUCUGGAAGCUUCUCUGCCUGGAUCAUUUAUUUACGUUUUCACAGAUGCUCGAGCGAAAGAUUACAAACGUAAACAGGAAGUCCUGCAGCUGGUGCAGCUCCGACAGUCUCAGGUUGUGUUCGUGUUAACAGGGGAUUGUGGUGAUCGCUCUCAACCUGGUUACAGAGUGUAUGAGGAAAUCGCAGCCACAAGCUCCGGACAAAUUUUUCACUUGGACAAACAGCAAGUUAAUGAGGUUCUGAAAUGGGUUGAGGAGACUGUACAGGCUAUGAAGGUCCAUUUGCUCUCUUCGGAUCAUGAGCUUAGGCAGGAGACUCGCUGGGAGUUGCCCUUUGACCCUAGCCUAAAGGAGGUGACCGUGUCUCUGAGUGGUCCAUCACCUCGCAUCGAGCUCAAAGAUCCUCUUGGUCACAUUGUUGGUGAGAGGCAGGGCCUGAGAGAGCUUUUGAACAUCCCAAACUCUGUUCUAGUGGUGAACCUGAAGAACCCACAUCCUGGACUAUGGACCCUAAAGGUAAUGUGUAGUGGGCGACACACACUCCGAGUAACUGGAGUCAGUAACCUGGACUUCAGAGCCGGUUUUUCCACUUCACCUGUUCCUGAAUUCAGCAGGACCAGAGAACGACCCACCAAAGGUUUUCCUGUGCAUGUACUUUUGAAAUGUUCAGGUCUGAGCUCUCCUGGUGUUCUGAGUAGUAUGGUGUUAGUGUCCAAGCGUGGUGAGGAUCUGCUCAGUGUUUCACUUCCUGUUCCUGUGGAUGGAGGAGUGAGUGGAUUGUGGAAUGUGCCGGAGAUGAAAACUCCAUCUGAAGGCUUCUUUAUUAAAGUUAAGGGAAAAGAUGGAGGUGGAUUUGACUUUCAUCGACUCUCCAGUGUUUUAUACACCAACAUUAUUCCAGCACCCCCGAUGGUAGAUAAUGCUGUAUCUGAGGUUAAGACUGUAGUUGGUGAGUCUGUCACUCUGCCAUGUGUGCUGAUGGGUGGAGCUCCACCCCCUGAGAUCGUCUGGAUGCGAGAAGGACAGAAGGUCCAAAACAGUGAGUGGACCUCCAUCAGGAAUGAUGGCAGUCUGCACAUGAAGAGAGCUGCCCCAGAGCAUGCUGGGAAAUACAUGUGCACUGGUACGAAUGUGGCAGGAUCAGUGAACUUAACGAUCACACUAAAGAUUCACGUUCCUCCUGUGAUCUCAGCCUCUGCUACACAUUAUGAAGCUGCUGAAGGAGUGUCUGUUUCUUUACCAUGUGAAACUACUGGAACCCCAAAACCUUCCAUAACCUGGACCAAGGGUGAUGAGCCUGUGUCUUUUCCUCCGCAGUCUGAUGGGAGUUUGUUGAUUUUUAGCUCGACUGCAGCUGAUUCUGGACGUUACAUCUGCAUUGCGAGCAGCUCAGCUGGAGAAACACACAAAGAAAUCACACUCACUGUCCACUCGAAGCCCCGUAUCCUCGGAGCACAUGGGCACACCGAGGUCAUUAGCACUACAGUGAAUGAGGGGUCAGAGAUAAUCCUACCAUGUGAGGUUGAAGGAAGCCCCACCCCCACUGUGUCCUGGAGCCAUAACGAACAGAUUCUUCCACCAAUCACUGCCCGGGUCAUAAUUUUGCCUUCCGGCUCUUUGAAGAUCAGAAAUGUUCAGAUGACCGACAGUAACUUUUACACCUGCACUGCUGAGAACCCAGCAGGAGUUAACACACUGACCUACAGGCUACACAUCCAGGUACCACCAAGGAUUGUUGGUCAGCAGGAAGAAGAUGUGAGUGCUGUAGAAGGUCAAAUGGUCUCUCUUUUGUGUAAUGUACAAGCACAUCCAGCUCCUAAAAUCAUCUGGACAAAAGAUGGAAAGCAGCUGCGGCUCGGUUCUGGUGUUGAAAUCGUGUCAGGUGGUAAGAUGCUACAGAUUUCCAGAUUGCAGCAGCAGGAUGCAGGACAGUACGUCUGUACAGCAACCAGCACAGCAGGACAAACCCAGAAGAGCAUUAAACUGAAUGUUCAUGUGCCUCCCACCAUCAUGAAUUCAGAUCCAGCUGAUGUCAGUGCCCAGGUGGGGGAGGAGCUCACAUUAAAGUGUCAUGCAGAGGGCACGCCCACUCCACAGCUCACCUGGAUGAGAAAUGGAGUGAAAGUGGACACCAGCGAGCGUGUGCAUGUCUCUGCAAAUGGGAGCACAUUAACACUCCUAAGAGUGACAGAAGAUGAUUCUGGAAUAUACAAGUGUUUAGCCGUCAGUCCCGCUGGACAGGAAAGCAAAGUCUACAGUCUGUUAGUGCUGGCUCCUGCCAUGGUGAAGCACACUGAACCAAUGGAACACAUUGUAAUAGUUAGAGGUUCUGUGGUAUCGCUUGUGUGUGAGGCUCAUGGUGUUCCCUCUCCAGUCUUCACCUGGUUGAAGGAUGGUGAUUUGCUCUCACUUCACCAGAACAAGCUGCUACAUGAUGGUGGAGAAAGUCGCUUCCAGCUGCUAAAUGUUCAGCUUGAGGAUACUGGACUAUACAGUUGCAUUGCAAAGAACCAGGCUGGAAACAGCAGCAAGACCUUCAACCUCACAGUGUUAGAGCCUCCUAAGAUAUCUAGUUCUCUGAGAAGAGAAGAACUGAUGGUGGUGGUAAAUGGUGUUUUGGAAAUGGAGUGUCUUGUUGAUGGAGUUCCUCCACCCACAGUAAGCUGGAUGAAGGAUGGAGGUACACUAGAGGACAGCAGAGGUGUACUACACAGAGAUGGACAGAUUCUUACCAUCAGUAACAUUAAGGCAGAAGAUGCAGGUGUGUACACAUGUGUUGUCAGUAACCCUGCAGGAGAAGAUAGGCGGAGGUUCUGGGUGCAUGUUCAGUCUCCUCCCAAACCGUGGAGUGAUAUUACAACUGUGUCUGUGCCCUUUAUGGGUCAUAUGACCUUGGAAUGUCGGACAGAUGGCAAGAUUCCACCAGACAUACAGUGGUACAAAGACGACAUUAAACUCCAGUUGGGAGGUCGGAUUCAGAGCAUUGCUGGUGGUCAGUAUUUAGAUAUUGGAGAUGUGAGACAGGAGGAUUCUGGAAAUUACAGCUGUGUCAUGUUCAACAUGGCUGGAAGCUCGAGCCUGCACUUUAAUGUACAGAUUCUCUUGCAUCCUGUCAUUAGAGAAGGCAGCCCAUUGGUCACUGCACAUGUCAAUCAGAAGGUGGUGCUACCUUGUGAGGUGGAGGGAGACACUGCCCCCUCAGUGUUGUGGAGGAAAGAUGGAGUACCAGUUGUGUUUAAUAAUAGGUUGGUUUGGCUGCCAGACGGAUCGAUCCGAAUUGAAUCAGUGCAACUCUCUGACGCAGGCCACUAUUAUUGCAGCGCGUCUAACAAUGUAGGGUCAGACCAGCGCAGCAUGGAGCUCCGAGUCUAUGUCGCUCCCUCCAUUCGCCCCGGCAAUUUUAAUGUUACACUGUUGAAGGGCCGCAGGGCAGUUUUAAGCUGUGAGGCUUUCGGUGUUCCUCCUCCUCAAGUGAAUUGGAAGAGAAACGGACACACACUGAACACAGACUCUGGCACUUACAGGUUGAUUCCUUCAGGAUCUCUGCUUAUAAUUUCUCCAUCUCUUGAGGAUGAAGGAUAUUUUGAGUGCACAGUGACCAGUGAGGUUGGAGAGGAGCGAAGGGUCAUAGAGGUCACAUUUCAAGUUCCUCCAUCCAUCGAAGAUGAUGUCAUCACUCUUACGGCCAUUAAGAUGGAGUCCGUGGUUUUACCGUGUCACGUUACAGGACGUCCAACACCAUCCAUCAGCUGGAGCAGGGGAGGGACAGUGCUGGGCACUGGGAAGGGCAGUUACAAGAUACUGCCCACAGGCAUGUUAGAGAUAGGGUCUGUGAAUCCGACUCAUGCGGGCAGAUACACCUGCAGUGCACAGAACACAGCUGGAGUCACACAGAAGCACAUCAUUCUGUCUGUACACGAGGCUCCUGAGAUAAGGAACAUGGUUAAAGAAAUAAAAGUGCUGCUGAAUCAGGAAGUUGUUCUGAACUGUGAUGUUCAUGGAUUCCCCAAACCUUCAGUGACCUGGCUUAAAGACGGUGUUCCCAUAGCAGCAGGUCAAAGCCUGAAGGUUCUGUCUGGUGGAACUCUGAGACUUUCUAAGGUUACACUGGGAGAUGCAGGAACAUAUUCCUGUUUGGCACAAAAUGCAGCUGGUACGAUGGAGGGCAAAACUCAACUCCUCCUUCAGGUUCCACCUGUCAUUUCUGUCCCUCAUAAUGAAUACACACUCAGUGUUGGUGAAUCUGUCAGUGUGCCGUGUUCAGCGAUUGGUCAGCCAGAGCCUGAGCUGCAGUGGCACAAACUGGAUGGUGGUGUAAGGGGCGGAGCCAAGCAGUUUACUUUCACCAAUGGAACACUGCAGAUCAAAAAAGCACAACUUGAGCAUGCUGGGGUGUACACAUGUACAGCCUCGAACAGCGCAGGGAGAACAAGUCAUGACAUCACACUGACUCUGCAUGUUGCACCUAUGAUUCAUGGUGGUCAGUCAGAAGUGUCCGUCAUCCAGGGAUUCCAGAGUUUGCUGCCAUGUUUAGCUCAAGGAGUUCCAAAUCCCACAAUUCACUGGAAGAAAAAUGGAAAAUUUAUCCAGAACCUGCAGGGAAGAUUUACUGUCUUGAGAUCAGGAGAGCUAAUCAUUGAGCGAACUCAGCUGACUGAUGCAGGUGUGUACACCUGUGUGGCCGUGAAUGCUGCAGGUUCUGCACAUCACAAACUCCAGCUGUCUGUAAACAUGAGGCCGGAGUUUAAGGAGAUACCAAGUGACAUGACACUGAAAGCAGGACAGAACCUCUCCCUCAUCUGCCAUGUCCAGUCUACCCCUCCCGCUGUCAUCAAAUGGACUGUUAAUAAUCAUCCCUAUACAGGAUUCAGUGUGGAUGAAACAGGCCGCAGUCUGCUGAUGAUUGAGAAUGUGUCAGUGAGGGAUUCAGGAUCGUAUGUGUGUUCAGCAGAGAACAGUGUUGGCUCUAUCCGCACGUUAGCAUUCAUCCGCAUCACAGAGCCUCCAGUUCUGACAGGAGUCGGCCGUAUUUCUGUGUUUGUCUCUCAUGGUGCUGUGGUUGUUUUGGAUUGUCCUGUCAGAGGAACUCCUGCUCCGGUGUUGCGGUGGUUUAAAGAUGGUCGCCUGCUGCAGGUCAACGAUCAUCUUCACCGUCUCCAUAACGGCUCUCUCGUUCUCUAUGGUGCCAUGAGCAUGGAUUCAGGAGAUUAUCAGUGUGUUGCUGAAAAUGAGGUUGGAGUUAUAGAAAGAAUGAUAUCUCUGAAAGUACAGGUUGCAGGCGGUAACUCGCAUUGGGAGCCCUGGGGGCCGUGCAGUGUUACAUGUGGGCAUGGCCUCCAAGAGCGAACCAGAUUUUGCAACAAUCCAGCACCAGUCAGUGGAGGAGCAGAAUGUGAAGGUCCAGAUGUUGAGUCCAGGCAGUGCCAGGCAUCAUUAUGUUCCGGAGACUCUCUGCGCAGGGCUCGUGCCAGUGUGAUCGGGAUGGUGAAUGAUCAUGAGUUUGGUAUUUCUUUCCUUAAAAUGAACAUAACUGAGAACUCAGAGAGCAGAAGCAGCACACUGAAAGCUUACAUGGAGGACAUUCCCCCAAGUGUGGGACCUUUGCUGAAAGUUCUUAUAUCUGCUUUGAGUCCCAUUUACUGGACGGCUGUUUAUGAAUCAGCAGGAAUGAAAAAUGGCUUCUCCAUUAGCCAUGGAUUUUUCAGGCAGGAAUCCCAACUGGAGUUUCACACUGGAGAGAUCUUAAAGAUCACCCACGUGGCCAGAGGUCUGGAUGAAGAGGGAGUUUUGCUAGUUGAUGUGGUUAUUAAUGGAUUUAUUCCUUCAGUGUUUUUAUCUCCAGUGAUACAUCAGCAGGACUUUGAUGAGACGUAUGUGCAGGUUGGCUCUGGUCAGAUUUAUUCGUGGUCUACCCAGAAUUCUUUGCAGCAAGGUGUCGGUUCAAUGCUGACUCUGCGCUGUAAUCACUCCCUGGUGUUUGAUGGAUCAGUAAAACCUCUCGCUCCCUUACUUCAGCAAAUUCAUCUGUCGGACAUAAGUAGCUCCUACAACAUGCUCAACUUCAGGCUGGACUUUCACAUCACAGCCACACUUUCACUGCCAGAUGGUGAUGGACAGAAAUGCCCAGAAGGAUUCAAACUGAAUGAAGCAUCUUACUGCACUGAUGCGGAUGAGUGUGUGUCAGAUUCUCCAUGUUCUCAUUCCUGCAUUAACAUCAUGGGGGGCUUCAGCUGCAGCUGUCCAUCAGGAUUCACCAUUAACAUUGAGAGCAACAGCUGCCAAGAUAUAGAUGAGUGUGUGGAUGGAUCUCACAUGUGCCUCCAUAACCAGUUGUGCAUGAACACAGUUGGAAAUUAUCGGUGUGAAGUGAAUUGUGGCCCAGGAUUCAGACACAGAACUGCUGGUACAAAUAAUAGAACCAGAACUGAUGGCUGUGAAGAUGUAGAUGAGUGUGUAGAAUCGUCUGUGUCUCCAUGCCAGCAUCAGUGCUUUAACACACUUGGCUCAUUCCGCUGCAGCUGCCUGCCUGGAUACCAGCUGGUGGGACAUCGCUGCUUUGAUAUAAAUGAGUGUAUGAGUAGUGUAUGUCCAUCUCACCAGCAAUGCAAGAACACAGAAGGAGGGUAUGAGUGUUUUGAUAGCUGCCCACCAGGAAUGACUCAGUCAGAAAGCAGUGUGUGUGUGGAUGUAGAUGAGUGUAAAGACGGCAGUCACAUGUGUCGCUACAGCCAGGUCUGUCAAAACACAUUUGGUGGUUAUGUGUGUUUGUGUCCGAGGGGCUACCGCUCUCAGGGUGUGGGCAAACCGUGUAUAGAUGUUGAUGAGUGUGCACAGACUCCAAGUCCAUGUGGGUAUCAAUGCCGAAAUGUGCCUGGUAGUUUUCGGUGUUUGUGCCCCCCGGGAACUGUACUGCUGGUGGAUGGUCGCUCGUGUGCUGGACUCGAGAGAAGAAAUGGGUUCAAUAAUCGAACUCGGGUAAGGGUUGGACUUCAGCCUCAGUUGGUGUCCUCAAGAGGUCAAACCCUUACAUUGCUACAGAACACACAGCCGGGGACAACAUGGAGUAACUCACACUCCUGUCCACCUGGCUAUACAAAUAAAGCUAGUAGCUGUGUAGACAUUGAUGAGUGUGUGUUUAGGAAGCCAUGCCAACAUGAGUGUCGAAACUCAUUGGGAAGUUUUCACUGUUUUUGCCCUUCCGGAUAUUUACUGAUGCCCAAUGGUCAAACAUGCAGAGAUAUUGAUGAAUGCACUGAGCGCAGUGUACAGUGUGGACCAAACCAAAUGUGCUUUAACAUGCGGGGGAGUUAUCAGUGUUUAGACACACCCUGUCCUGCCAGCUAUCACAGAGGAGGAAGUCCAGGUGUGUGUUACAAGCCAUGUUCACAUGGUUGUGCUGCAGGAUCUUCUCUCCUCCUUCAGUAUAAACUCCUCACACUUCCUCUGGGAAUUCCAGCCCAACAGAACGUUAUUCGAUUAUCAGCGUUUUCCGAAUCUGGUGUACUUCAGGAGCGAACAGUGUUUACCAUCCUUGACCAAAAUGGAGAGGUUAAAGAGCAGCUGUUUGGGAUUAAAGACGAGGCUGGGAGAGGAAUCAUCUUCACCACCCGCUAUUUAAAUCAGUCCGGUCUGGAGAAACUGAAGGUCCAAGCAACAACAAUAAACCAGCAUGGACAAAUAACUUACCAGAGUUUAUUCAUCAUCUACAUCUCUAUUUCUGCCUUUCCUUACUAAUCCCUCCAUUUCCACUUACCCUCAAAAAUCUCUCAUUUGAUAGUACUGAGAGUGUAAUUAAUCAUAGUAUUCAUUGAGUGUUCAGUUUUAGUAAACAAUAGUAGUGUUUUAUGGUACCAAUACUUUUAUUACUUACCUUUUUAUCAGUUGGGUGUUACUUAAAAAAAUUGUAGCAAAUCACAAAUUUAAAAAAGUGUUGAAAUUAAAAUAAUAAUUGUCAAAAUAUGUAAUUUACUAUAUAAGCAAAACAAUUUAUCAAUGUGUUUGUGUGUUUGUGUGUGUUGGAGUUCUAAACACUUUACUGUUGACUUGAAAGUAGAAUGUAUAAAGUAAUAUGUUUGAACACUAAAGCACUUCAGUGUUUAGGUUUUGGUUUGAGGCGGUACGAUGAGGUUAAGGGUUAGGUUAGGGAACUGAGGAUACAGAAUAUUUGGCAUGAGGGUUAUGGUUACAGGUUGGAGUGGGGAUCUAGUUAGAGUAUUGAGUAAAGAAGUGGUUUGGGGGUAAGGGUUAGGAAUUGCGGUUAGAGGUUAAGAUUAGGGGUUGGGUUAGAUAGGGUUAGGGUUAGGCUAGGGGAAUUGACAGAGGCUCUAAUCCAAAUCAUGUCCAAGCCUGAGUCAAGGUUAUUGUGGUUUUUAGUUUUACAGGUUAAAUUCCCUCCCAUUAAACCUUUACCAGAUGUAGAUUUCCAACAUCAAAAAACUUACCUUAAUUAGAGAAUCUUUAAAUUAUUUUUUUUGGAAAAA